UUUAUACCGGUAUAUCUGGUUCAGGGUAGAUGUCGAGUUUAUGUUUAUUCAUGUGGGAAAUAAAUACUCUAGGCGAUUGAAUAACAACCGGUAUAGUACAUUGUGGUAAAAGUGUAUACAAUGAUAAGUCAGUCACACUGUAGAGAAACUUAACAUCAACGAUCAGCAUCUUACGAACAUCUUUUUUCGGAUUUGUCUCUGUAAAAUAAGGGAAAUUGUUAUAUAUGGAGCUUACGGAGUUUAAUUACCAAUUUGUUACUUUUAUUGCGCUUUGUUUUGGACAAGCAGUUAAUGGAAUGACAGAGUGCGCCGUUGGAUAUGGUGUGAAAAUGCUGGCCGCACAAUGGUCUGAUACGGUGUGUGAACAAUGCACCGAUGGCGUGACGUUCUCAAAUGUCAGUUCGGCGUCAUCGCCUUGCCAACUCUGCACCGCCUGUCCGAACGGAAACACGCCGUUCGUGAAGUGCAACAUACAGGCUGACACAGUGUGUGAACGGAACGAAGUUAAAAGAGUUAUCAACAAAGAUUUCACGUUGACAACCGUCAAUAUUAUCGAAAUCGUCUUUGGUGUGGCUGGAUUAAUUCUGCUCAUCUUAAUCGUCAUCAACAGACAACGCUUGUCGCCGAUUCUCCUGAGGAUGUGCAGGAGGAAACAGCCUGUCAAGUGCGUAUACACAAGUGUCAAACAAGCUGGAACAGGUUUGUCAAGCAGAGCUGACGACUCUGACGAUAGUGACGACACCUCGAUUACCAGCCGACCCCAUGUUAGCCUGUUCACCACAUAUGGGCGCCCUCUUGAGGCGGGAGCACAGGCUGCAGGUCAUGCAACAAAUGGGACCAACCAGCCCAACGCAACGGCGCGACUUGCAGAUCCAAGUGAUGCUAAUAAUGGAAGAGAACUACUUUAAGAGACACACUAAGGCGUAUGAAUAUUAACCGAUUAUGCGGAAUUUUACGGCCUUGCGUUAGGGCCUCUCGAAAAGAUUUAAUUCGGAACUCGCGCGCUGUGGGUUUUUCCGAUUUCUGAGCGCGCGCGGGAGGUACAAACAUUGUCAUUAAUACAGUAAUGACCAGUAACGUCGAUAUCCGAUUUGCUUCCCAUUCAGUAGCUGAUAAUAAGUAUUUUUAAAAACGACAGUAUUGUUUCUUUUAGGAAAUGUCAAAAUUCAAGUGUUUUGUUGUUAUCACUAUAAUAAUAAUUAUUAUUAAUUACACAUAACAAAUCUAACACUGAUAUACAUGUAUGUCAAACGUU